AUGCGCGUUGCUGUUAUCGGAGGCGGCCCCUCUGGCCUCGUCCAGCUCAAAACACUAGCAACCGCCCAUCACUAUUUCCCAUCAACGGAACCCUUUGAGCUGAAGCUCUUUGAGUCUUACGACAAGCUUGGUGGUGUUUUCCUGCAUCACGUCUAUGAGGAUGCCGAGCUCGUCUCCUCAAAAUUCCUCACCAGCUUCUCUGACUUCCGUCCCCGUCCUGAAGACGGUGACUUCCUCUCUUCCGAGCGGUACAGACAGUAUCUAGAGGACUACACUACGCAUUUCAACCUAUGGCCAUACAUUCAUCUCAGCACCCGCGUUACAGGCGUCAGGAGAGGAGAUGUGAGCGAACAUGUCGUCAGCUACAUGGGACCCGAUGGUCAGGAGAUUGAAUGGGAGUGUGACGCCAUCGCUAUUUGCUCGGGCGUCCACUCAAAAGCUCAUAUCCCAAAUAUCCCUGGCAUAGAGAAUGUCCCCGAGGUGAUUCAUUCACAAGACUUCAAGAAGCGUGAGCAAUUUGGCACAGGCAAGACGGUCAUGGUCCUGGGUAGCGGCGAGACUGGCUGUGAUAUGUGCUAUCUCGCCAUCACAUCUCCUACCGAGAGAGUCGUUUUCUGUCAUCGCGAUGGCUGGAUUGGUGCUCCUAAGCGCGCUCCAGGGCAGCGAUUCCUACCAUGGCUGCGCGGAGACCAAGACUACGACACGCCCCAACUACCUAUCGAUGUCAGCCAAGUUACUCUUUUCGACACCAUGUAUGUCCAUCCUAUGGUUCGAGACACCAUGAUUGUUUGGGAUUAUUACCAUUUCCUUGCCCUGCCUGCCGGAUGCUGGAUCUGUGGCGGUUCGAAAUAUGGUGUCGACCAGUAUGUUGGUCAGAUCUUUAGUGAGCGUUUCCACGCCUCGCGAUUAUUCUGGAACAAGGCUUGGCAACGUAUUCAGAACAACGUCUCUACGCCAUGGCGCCCGACUAAGUGGACGCUAGCUACCCGUAUCCGCCGGUUCUUCUUCAACACGGCCAUUAUCCCGGCCAAACGGACCAUCGACGUUGCCCCUUUCCCCUCUCAUAUCACUCCAGACGGCGUCGCCCACUUCCCUGACAACGGCCGCCCUGAAGCUAAGCGCAUCCAAGAGUCCAUCGUCAAGCCCGAUAUGAUUAUCUUUGCAACUGGCUACGUCCCCCACUUCCCCUUCCUCAACACCGAACACAACGCCGGUCGCCGUCCUUACCCCGUCUCCCACGAUGCCGAUGUCCGCCAGGUUUGGUCCUCCAACGACCCUACCAUCGGCUUCAUUGGUUUCGUGCGCCCCGGCUUUGGUGCUAUUCCUCCCCUCGCCGAAAUGCAGUCUAUGCUUUUCGUCACCCAUCUCCUCGGCCGCAUCCCCCGCCCGCUGCUCAAGGAUGACGAGUGGCACUAUCGCGUAAUCCACGCCCCCAGCGCCCGUGUCUCCUACGGCGUCGAGCACGACAGCUAUGCCUACCAGCUCGCCAAGGACUUGGACAUGGCCCCUUCAUUCACCGAUAUCCUCCGCAUCUCCCUCCACACACCUCGCGGCUGGCGACUUCCCUACAUUUGGGCAGGCGGUGCCAGCUUCAACGCCAAGUUCCGCCUCGUUGGGCCCUGGAAGUUUGACGGCGCCGCCGAAAUUCUCACAGGCGAGCUCUGGGAGACCAUUUCUCGCCGCUCAGGCCUCUUCGGCAACAUUCCCAUGGUCGUCGUCCCCGUCAUCUACCUUGGCGCUAUCAACCUGUUCUACUUCAUCUACGCCCUGUUCUGGGGAAUUCUGGCCAGUAUCGGGCUUGCUAAGGCUCCCGUCCCACGCAAUGAUGUUAAGAGGAAGUUUGAGGAGCUGGCUCAAAUCGAACACAUGAAGAUGAAGCAGGAGGCUGCCAUGGCAGGAGAUGCUAAGGUGAAGAUAAUGAAUUAA